CCCCAUCACGGUGCCCUCAUCCCAACACAUCCCAACGUGGCUCUGUGCUGUCCCCGCAGUACAAGCAGGUGGAGCAGUACAUGUCCUUCCACAAGCUGCCCGGGGACACCCGCCAACGUAUCCACGAGUAUUACGAGCAUCGUUACCAAGGCAAGAUGUUCGACGAGGAGAACAUCCUGGGGGAGCUCAGCGAGCCGCUCAAAGAGGAGAUCAUCAACUUCAACUGCCGCAACCUGGUGGCCAACAUGCCGCUGUUUGCCAAUGCUGACCCCAACUUUGUGACUGCCAUGCUAACCAAGCUGCGCUUCGAGGUCUUCCAGCCUGGGGAUUUCAUCAUCCGUGAGGGCACUGUGGGCAAAAAGAUGUACUUCAUCCAGCACGGGGUGGUCAGCAUCCUCACCAAGGGCAACAAGGAGACCAAGCUGUCCGACGGCUCCUACUUUGGGGAGAUCUGCCUGCUGACGCGGGGCAGGCGGACGGCCAGCGUGCGAGCCGACACGUAUUGCCGCCUCUAUUCCUUGUCUGUGGACAACUUCAACGAGGUGCUGGAGGAAUACCCCAUGAUGCGCAGAGCCUUCGAGACCGUGGCCAUGGACCGCCUGGACCGCAUAGGCAAGAAAAACUCCAUCCUGCUCCGCAAGCGCGCCGAGCACAGCGCGGGGCCCAUCAACACCGAGAUGAUCCAGCAGAUCGUGAAACACGACCAGGACGUGGCUCACAACAUCCAGGAGCUGCAGCAGAUGACGUUGGGCCGGGAACUGAGCGGCAAACCGGUGAUCUGGGAGCCUUUGGUUCACGCACCGCUGCAAACGGCCGCCGCCACCACCAACGUGGCCAUCGCCCUGACUCACCAACACAGCCUGCAGGCCCACAUCUUCCUGCCUCCUUCCUCCAUCUCCAGCCCCCUCUCCCCCGAGGCCACGCUGCUGACCAAACCGGUGCGUCGCUCCCAGCCCAGCCUGGGGGGCUCUCGGCCCUCCUCUGUCAGCUCCCCAUCCGGGGCUCCGUCCCACCUGCAGACGCCCGCCGCCGCCUCUCCGUCCUCUCCCAUGCUGCAGUCCCAGGUGCCCCUGGAAAGCGGCGUCCAGCGGCCGAGCCUCGGGGCUCAGGGUCCCCCACGCGUGGGGCAGAAGGGGGAGAUGGCGGCCAAGCAGCCCCCGGCGGCGGGACCCCAACCCCAGCUCUCCAAGUCCCGCGGCGCUUCCGUCUCCACUUCCCUGCUGCAGCAGGCGGCGGGAGCCCCUUCCCCCAGCUCGGAGCCACCGGCGGGGAGGACUCUCCAUUACAGCCUGUCCAGAGCCACCGGUUCCCACAUCUCGCUCCUGAUGCAGCCUCAGCAGUUGGUGAAGCACCGGAGCAUCCACGGGCUGCCCGUCGGGCGGCUCACGCAGGACGUCCGCCUCCUCUCUGCCUCGCAGCCCUCCCUGCCCAACAAAGUCGCCCAGCAAGCAGACGGCAGCUCCUUGCAGCAGGGCAGGAAAUCCGCGGGGAACCUGGCCCGCAGGUCUUCCCCCUCGGUCUCCGGACUCCUCUCCAAGCCGGGUCCGGGGGUCCCGCACCCGCAGCAGAUGCCUUCGGGAUCCCCGGCGCAGCCGAACCGCCCCGCG